AUGGCGGACACGAAGGCCGCACCCACGGUCCAGCAUGAAGACAAGCAGCGUUCCGAACAGCUUGAGGACGUGAAUGUCGCAGCCGCGGCCGCGCUUCCAACAACUGCGGUCAACGACAAGCUCACUUUCGCUGAUUUCUGGGACAACAAGCGCGUUUUGGGUUUCUGUCAGUUCAUCCGAUUCACCUUAUUUGGUCACGAAGUCGGCGGAAAAUGGGUUGUCGCAGCCCGCGACCAACAAAUUCUCAACGCCGGCGGUACAAUCGGUAUUUUCGUCUCGGCAUUCGCAACAGGCAUCGUUAGCGACUUCAUCGGCCGCAAGCGAACCAUCAUCAUCGCCUGCUUCAUCUGCGUGGGUGGUAUCAUCCUCCAAUACUUCAGCACGACCGUUCUCAUGUUGUUCGGCGGCAAGACCGUUGCCACUUUCGGAUUCGGUCUGGGCCAUUCGCUAGGCCCGGUGUUUGUUGCUGAGCUGGCCCCGGUCAAGAUGCGUGGUGUGUGCCUCGUGUUGGUCAACACGAUGAUCACUAUCGGCCAGUGGCUCAACUCAGUGACGGUGCUGGGGAGUGAUCACUACAACGACGACUUGUCAUGGAGAAUCCCUCUCAUCACCCAGCUUAUCCCCCCCGGCCUGCUUCUCCUUGGUCUUCCUUUCCUUCCGGAGUCUCCGAGUUGGCUCCUCAUCAAGGGCCGCCGGGAGGAGGCAGCCAACUCAUACCGACGAUUCAACGGACCCAAGUUUGAUGUUGAUGGGGCUAUGGCUGUAGCAACAGUUGCCAUUGCCAAAGAGCAGGAGGCCAAGAAGGAGCAAGAGUCCAGCCGCUGGCUUGAUUGCUUCAAGGGCUCGAACGGGCGCCGCACUCUCAUCAUUGUCAUGGUGUAUCUCGCGCAACAGGCGAUCGGCGUGAAUUUUGUUAGCGGUUAUUUGACGUAUUACUUCCGUCUUGCCGGAGUCAACAACCCCUUGGCGAUCGGCCAAGCCGCCUACGCGAUCCAGUUUGUCGGUAACAUGACAUCAUGGCCGCUGGUCGACAGAUACGGACGACGCCCCUUGAUCGUUGGCGGUGUCUGUACAAUGACCGCUCUUCUGCUCCUUAUCGGCGGCAUCAGCACCAUCGGCACUCAAACAUCUCUGUCAGCGACAGUGGCUUUCAUGGUGGUCUGGGGAUACUUGUACCAGGCGACGCUUGGCGCCGUUGCGUACUCUGUCGGCGGAGAAACUGCGAGCAUCAACAUCAUGUGCUCGACUGCGGCGUCGUGCCUGGUGCAGCAGGUGAUGCCCUACUUGAUUAACACGGAUCAACUUAACCUGGGCGGGAAGGUGUGCUUCAUCUUUUUCGGCCUGUCUCUGCCCAUGUGCGUCUGGCUCUACUUCUACUUCCCCGAGAUGAAGGGUCGCAACUACGCUGAAAUCCAAGAGAUGUUCAGCAACAACGUGCCGGCGCGCAAGUUCAAGACGUACGUGUGCGAAGUCAGCGCCGGGGGCCAGGCACAGGAGAAGAAGCUGCAAGAGGAGGAGGCAUGA